AUGUUGUUUGUCUUCUCAUUCCAUUUUCUAACUUUUUUCAUGAAUGUGAAACCUGUUUUCCUUCAUUUACUGCUGUUAGCACUACUUUUACUGUCAUGGUUGUGGACGAAUCUGAUAACUGUUGAAUCCACACACAAUUCCAAAGAGAGAAUAAAAAGUAGCUUCUUCACAAAGUCUCUUUUUUGUUCUCUUUCUGUUUCUGCUUUCAAUAUUUUGCUGUGUUCUUCUGAUUACUUGAGUUGGUCUAGAAAUGGUUUUUCAAAAGAAAAGCUUGUGACCCUUUUGGAUUUGGCGCUCAAUACAGUUACUUGGGGUGUUAUUUGUGUUUUUCUUCACAGAAAACUCUUGUGUCCAAUGUCAUUGUUCUUUAAAGCUUGGUCUACCGUUUACCUUUUAGUUUCAUGUUAUUGCUUUACUGUGAACAUUGUUCUCUAUGAAAAGCAAGAUCCUUUGCCAAUUCAGUAUAUAGUUUCUGAUGUUUUCUCCGUUUGUGUCGGUUUAUUCAUCUGUUACUUGUGUUUUUUGAAAAGAAAUGAGGGUGGAAUAGAAGAUAGAACUCUUCAACAACCUCUUUUCAAUGGUGACAAUACAACCAAAGGGGAGGACACUGUUACUCCUUACUCUAAUGCUGGUAUUUUCAGCAUUCUUACUUUCUCUUGGAUCACUCCAUUGAUUGCUACUGGAAAGAAGAAAGCUCUAGAUCUUGACGAUGUUCCUCAACUUGACAUAAGAGACAGUUUAUUUGCAGCAUUUCCAUAUUUCAAGGAUAAUCUUGAUGCAUACUGUGUUGAUAACAACAAUAGAGUGACCACAAUUAAGCUAGUGAAGUCAUUAGCAUUCUCAGCAUGGAAAGAGAUUCUCUUGACAGCUAUUUUUGCAUUGGUAAAUACAUUUGCUUCUUAUGUAGGUCCUUAUCUUAUAGAUAAUUUUUUUCAAUAUCUUAAUGGACAAAGAAACUUUGAAUAUGAAGGACUAGUUUUGGUGUCUACAUUUUUUGUGGCAAAGCUUGUAGAGUGCAUGACAAGGAGGCAAUGGAUUUUCAGGCUGCAGCAGGUUGGAAUUAGAACCCAAGCACUGCUUGUAACAAUCAUAUAUAACAAAACUUUGACACUUUCAAGUCAAUCCAAACAAGGCCACACUAGCGGCAAGAUAAUCAAUUUCAUGACGGUUGAUGCCGAAAGAGUUGGCGACUUCUGCUAUCACCUGCAUGAUCUGUGGUUGGUGGUUCUACAAAUUUUAGUAGCUUUGUUGGUUUUGUAUAAAAACCUAGGCAUUGCUUCGGUUUCCGGGUUUGUUGCUAUUAUCAUUGUAAUGUUGGCAAAUGUUCCUCUGGGGUCAAUCCAAGAGAAGUUUCAAGACAAGUUGAUGAGGUCAAGAGAUAAAAGAAUGAAGGCGACGUCUGAGAUUUUAAGGAACAUGAGAAUUCUCAAACUUCAAGGAUGGGAAAUGAAGUUUCUUUCUAAGAUAACUGACCUCAGAAAGACUGAACAAGAUUCAUUAAACAAGUUUCUAUACACUAUAGCUUUGAUCAUUUUUGUAUUUUGGAGUGCACCAGCAUUCGUUUCUGCGGUUACUUUUAGUACUUGUUUGGUUAUAGGCGUCGCACUUGAAUCGGGGAAGAUCUUGUCUUCACUUGCAACCUUCCAGAUCCUCCAAGAACCUAUUUAUAAUCUUCCAGAAACAAUUUCAAUGAUGGCACAAUCUAAGGUUUCUCUUGGCAGGAUUGCAUCUUUUCUUUGUCACGACGACAUAAAGUCAGAUAUUGUUGAGAAACUCCCAAAGGACAGUAAUAGUUAUGAUUUAGCAAUUGAAGUAGUUGAUGGAAAUUUCACCUGGGAUUUGUCUUCUUCAAACGCGGUAUUGAAAAAUAUAAAUCUUAAAGUUUUUCAUGGAAUGAAAGUUGCUAUUUGUGGUAGUGUUGGAUCAGGAAAGUCUAGUUUACUUUCAUGUAUAUUAGGGGAAGUGCCAAAGAUGUCAGGGAUCUUGAAGGUUUGUGGGACAAAGGCUUAUGUAUCUCAAUCACCAUGGAUACAAAGUAGCAAGAUAGAGGAUAAUAUACUGUUUGGAAAGGAUAUGAAAAGGGAAAGAUAUGAGAAGGUUCUUGAAGCAUGUUGCCUAAAGAAGGAUCUAGAGAUUUUGUCAUUUGGAGAUCAAACAAUCAUUGGGGAGAGGGGAAUAAAUUUGAGUGGUGGACAGAAACAAAGAAUACAAAUUGCGCGUGCUCUAUACCAAGAUCAUGCGGAUAUAUAUCUAUUUGAUAAUCCUUUUAGUGCUUUGGAUGCUCAUACAGGAUCUCAUCUAUUUAAGGAAUGCUUGUUGAGAUUUUUAAGUUCAAAGACGGUGAUUUAUGUCACGCAUCAAGUAGAGUUCUUACCUGCUGCUGACCUUAUCUUGGUUCUGAAAGAUGGAGAAAUUACUGAAUGUGGAAAGUAUAAUGAUCUACUAGACUCAGGCACUGAUUUUAUGGAACUUGUUGGUGCUCAUAGAGAAGCUUUGUCUGUACUCGGUUCAUCAAAUGGAGAUACGAGUAUAACAGAAUCUGAUAAAAUAGAAGAGAAGAAGAAACAAGUACAAAAUGGGGGAACCGAUAAAAUAGAAGUACAAAAUAAGGGAAGUGAUGAAAUGCUUGAGGCCAAAGGCCAACUUGUUGAAGAAGAAGAAAGAGAGAAAGGUAAAGUUGGAUUUCAGGUGUAUUGGAAAUAUAUCACCAUGGCAUAUGGAGGGGCUCUUGUUCCAAUCAUAGUGAUAGCUGAAAUUUUGUUCCAACUUUUUCAAAUUGGAAGCAACUAUUGGAUGGCUUCAGCAACUCCAAUCUCAAAAGAUGUUGGUCCACCUGUUGGAGGAAGUAAACUCCUAAUUGUCUAUGUUGGUUUGGCCAUAGGUAGUUCUUUCUGUGUCCUAGCUAGAGCAACACUUGUCGUAACAGCCGGUUAUAAGACAGCUACUCUACUCUUCAACAAAAUGCAUCUUUGCAUUUUCCAUGCUCCAAUGUCAUUUUUUGAUGCCACUCCUAGUGGAAGAAUCCUUAAUAGGGCUUCUACUGACCAAAGUGCAGUGGAUAUAAACAUUCCUUUUCAAAUUGCACUAGUUGCUUGCUCUAUAAUCCAUCUCCUUGGAAUUAUAUCAGUGAUGUCACAGGUUGCAUGGCAGGUUUUCAUUGUCUUUAUUCCUAUGACAGUAAUCAGCAUAUGCUAUCAGAAAUAUUAUAUUCCAUCAGGCCGGGAACUGUCUCGUUUACUCGGAGUAUGCAAAGCUCCUGUCAUUCAGCACUUUUCUGAAACAAUUUCAGGUACAUCAACCAUCAGGAGCUUUGAUCAGGUGUCAAGAUUUCAACAAACAAAUAUGAAGCUGAUGGAUGGGUAUUCACGUCCCAAGUUCAAUAAUUCCGGUGCUAUGGAAUGGUUGUGUUUUCACUUAGAUAUGUUGUCUUCUGUAACAUUUUCCUUCUGCUUGUUAUUCUUGAUAUCUUCCCCACAAGGAACCAUAAAUUCAAGUGUUGCUGGUUUAGUUGUAACAUAUGGCCUUAACCUAAACAUUAUACAAACAUGGAUGAUAUGGGAGCUUUGCAACUUAGAGACCAAAAUUAUAUCAGUAGAAAGAAUACUUCAGUAUACUCGUAUUCCUAGUGAGCCUCCUCUUGUUGUUGACGAAAAUCGGCCACAUGCUUCUUGGCCAUUAUAUGGCACAGUUGAUAUUCACAACUUGCAGGUGCGAUAUGCUCUGCAUAUGCCACUUGUUUUACGUGGCCUUACAUGCACAUUUGUUGGAGGACAGAAAACCGGAAUCGUUGGGAGAACGGGAAGUGGUAAAUCAACUCUCAUACAAGCACUUUUCAGAAUUACAGAGCCUAUUGCUGGAAGAAUUUUGAUUGAUGGUAUCGACAUAUCUUCCAUUGGACUACAUGAUCUGAGGUCGAGAUUGAGCAUUAUUCCUCAAGAUCCAACCAUGUUUGAAGGUACUGUGAGGAGUAACUUGGAUGCACUGGAAGAGUACACAGAUGAACAAAUUUGGGAGGCACUAGAUAAGUGUCAACUUGGAGAUGAAGUUAGAAAGAAAGAAGGAAAGUUAGACUCAUCAGUGAGUGAGAAUGGGGAGAAUUGGAGUAUGGGUCAAAGACAGUUGGUUUGUCUUGGUAGGGUGCUGCUUAAGAAGAGUAAAGUAUUGGUGCUAGAUGAAGCUACUGCAUCGGUCGACACGGCUACCGAUAAUUUGAUACAGCAAACUCUUGAGCAACAUUUUUCUGAUUGCACUGUCAUUACAAUUGCACAUAGAAUAACUUCUGUUAUUGACAGUGAUAUGGUUCUACUACUUGAUCAAGGACUAAUUGAGGAAUAUGAUUCCCCAACAAGAUUGCUAGAGAACAAGUUAUCGUCUUUUGCUCAACUUGUUGCUGAGUAUACCACAAGGUCCAACUCCAGUUUAAACCUACAAAAUUAG